AAUGUAAAUGAAAAAAUAACGAAACAGCAUAUUAAACUAGUAAACAGUGCCAAAACCGUGCCAAGCAUUAGAUUUGUAUUAUUUUUUACUGGCUAUUUUAAAAGAGAUGGAACCAUCUGACUUACCACCGAUCAAAUCUGGUCGAGAUAUACCGUUUGGUGAUACUAAAGGCUCUACAACACCUCCUGUCUCACCUCUACCACCCAUAGGCCAAUCUACAAAUGAUACCGCUAGUGAAUUUUCUAACAAGUCAAGCGAUGGAACUCAACCAGAUUCAAAAUCGUCUCUACCAAAAGUUUUGUCAUUUAAAAGAGAAAUAACUGAUAAAUCUCCAACUGAGUCUGUCAAUGAUAGAAUCAUGAGCGCAGGCAGUCGAGCAUCCAAAGCAGUGUCGUUCGCUGAAGCUGAUAGUGUCAGACAAAUAGACGAGGAACCAAUACAGGAGAGAUUUACAGUGGUAGGAUUAGACGGCAAUGAACGAUUUUUACGUUCGAUUGAAAUUCAAACAGAGUGGACGAUUAAAGAAGAUAAUCUCCCAGUUGAAAGUAAUAAUGUGGAAGUAGACGAAAAAGCACAUCCUAAUUUAGAGUGUUUUGCCGAUAAUUUUAGUGAUUUGGAAGAGGGACAAGAUUCUAUUGAUAGGCCUGAUAGUGGAAAAUCUCGAACGUCAUCUUCAGGCGAGUCACCUUGGCCACAUCCAAGAGAAGAUGAAUUUGGUAUUCCUAUGUUGACAGUUGAUGAAUCCGAUUCAAGCGACGAUUCAUUCGAUGAAGACUUGGGAGGAGAACGCAAAGGUACACCUAUGCAUGGAGUGUCCACUUUACCAUCAGUGGGACCUCCUCAAGCUUUGCAAUAUAAAAGAGAAUCUUCAGCCGAAGCAAAAAGGCGUCAAUUAGAAAAACAAACCGUUGAUUUUGAAGCAUACAAUAAGGAUUUUGGAGGAGGAAUGCCUAAUGGUGGAAUGUUUUCUGGUCAAUGCGAGUUCUGUUCACAUCAGAUAAGACCUCCACCCACUUUAGAAGAACAGAGGAAAUUGAAUCCAGAGUCUCUCUAUUGCUGUUCGGACUAUAGAGAUUUUGUUCAUUUGGCAGCCACUCAUCCUUUAAUUGAAAAGAAAAAAGGAGAGGGUAGUAAAAUAAGCGUUAAGCCACAUCCGCCUUACGGCAGUAAGAAAGCUAGAGAUGCUGCUAAAGAAAGAGCGGCUCAGAGAAUGAGAGAACGCGAAUUAGCAAGGCAACAAGCAGCUUUAGCAGCCGCAAGGGGAGAAACAACGAGUGGUCCAACAAGCUACUAUCAAUCUAAAACUCCUUCCUCGAAUAAGGAUAAAGAAGAUAAUUCUUCGGCGCUAUCAUACAAUAGAAUCGAAUCACCGACUCCUUCUUUAACAUCAAUAUUAUACGGACGCCAACAAUGUACGAUAAACUAUCAACUAUCGUCCGAAAAGUGCUUUGAAAGAGGGUGGACUCUAAAGCCACCAAGUCCAAUUCUAGCAAACGAUGAUGAGGAUGACGUUUGGCAACCUGAAUUAGAAUGGUAUGAGAAAAAUAAUAGACCUUUAGGAACGCUAAAGAAAUUUUACAAAAAUGGACAAACUUUCCUACUCCUUCUGCCUGAUGGUUCCGGUAAUGUUUUUUAUCCAAAUGGUGCCACGGCAAUAUCAAGAAUAAAAUUGGAGGAUGGACUAUUUUCGUAUCUCAUUCAUUCUGAUGACUUAGAAUAUGCAAAUUUAUUAGGGUAUUUUGAACCUAACGGUUGUGGAGCAACAAAUUACUUGAAUGGAAAAGUUCGUCUAUGUUUAAACGCUAUGGGAGGUAUGGAGUUAGAUAUUCAAGGUGGAAGGAAACGUCGAUGGUUUUGGAAAGUUCAACCUGAUCACGUACAUGCUCCACCAAUUCAGCCAAUAACAUUUGCUAUAACAAAUUCCUUAAGUAUCCGUGUCUGGCAGCAGGACAAUAUAAGUUUAACAUUCCGCAACAGUGAAUGUAGCUGUCGAUUUCAAGUUGGUUCUAAACUGGUUUGCCGACUACCGGAAAAGGUUGAUUUUAACGAUAUAGAACCACUUACUCAGCAAAAACGAGAUACUACAAAGAAAGUCAAUGAUCUACUGUCGAAGGUUGCUACACUGUUAAAAUUUCCUAAAUCACCAAGACUUGGAAGGCCAUCGCCUUCGUCGACGAAGAGGUCUCAGAGCAGACAAAGCAAAUCUAAAGGAGAACUACCAACCACAAUUGUAACUUAGCAAAUUAUUCAUAUAAAUUUUUAUGGUUAUAUUUUCAUUAAGAAAAAACAAACCAAAAUAGAAAAAAAAGAAAUGAACGAAUGAAUUUUGAAGCCGGAAGUCUCCUGCCAAUAUUCGUGGUGCAAAAACUCAGAUUAUAAUACUUUAUAUAUUGAGAAGUCGAUAAAGAAAUAUCUGAUGAUGAAAGUAUAUUUAUAAAUUUUUAAACUGAAACAGCAUAGUAUUAAAAUAAAUUUUCUUCAGUGCCAUAUUUCAUAUUUACAACUUUUCUCUUUCUAUUUCAAUAAAAAAAUUAUAUGCAAAUUUU